AUGUUCGGCUCAGGGAGCAAUAUAAGUCGGGGCAAUGCUACAUCUCCAUUAGACAUGCCACCCUUGACGGAGUGCUUACAUUUGGAACCAAUCACAUUAGGUAGCCAAAAAUAUACUCGUUCUGGAGAACUAAGGAGAGUUUUGGGUUUCGGGAGUGCCUCAGAGGAUCAUUCUUUUGGAGUUGCUCAACCCAAGCCUCCUCCUGUGGCAACAGAGGAGUUAAAGCUCUUUAAAGAAAGUGUGCUAGAUGCUUCUAGAAAGGCCAGGGAUAGGUCAAAAAUUUUCAAGGAUUCGAUUAUUAAAUUGGAUAAGUACAAGGAAGUCUUAACCUCAAAGAAGCGGCAAAGAAGUGAAUUUUCUGUGACAGAGAGACCAAAUGGACCCAAUUUAGGGAAGAUGGGGAGUCAAAUUCACAGAAGUCCUCAUGAAGGAAUGCCUCAAAGACUGGAGGACCGGGCAAAAAGUGUUGGUCUAAAUAAGCGUGUUCGAACGUCGGUGGCUGAUGUGCGGCCAGAUGGUAAGAGAAGCCCCAGCCCAAGGCAGCAGUUAGCAAUGGAAAAGGCUGGAGACACGCUUCCUGACGUUGGUGCAGGCGGUGUUCGCUUUGAAGAAAAGAUACGCAGGUUACCUGCUGGAGGUGAAGGGUGGGAUACAAAAAAUAAAAAGAAACGAUCUGUUGGGAUGGUUAGUGGUAGGGUUAUAAAUAGUGACAGGGACCUCAAGCGACCCAUGCUUCCUAAAAUGAGUUCUGAUUCCAAGUUGAGAUCUUGUGAUGCUCAAGACUUCAGAUCUAAAUCCUCCCCCGUCAGUGGAAUCAACAAAUCAGAUGGUUCUUUAGAGCCUACUAGUUCGGACACCAGUACACCUUUGAGGAGUGAGAUGGAAAGCGGACCCCCUCCAAGAGACCGUAUGACUCUCCUAGAGAAGAAAGUUUUGGCAAAAGCAAGCAAUAAGCCAACUUUUCAUGAGGAGAAUCUAGCAAGCAGUCCAAGUACUCUGAUAAAAGCAAAAGUAUCUAGAGCACCCCGGACUGGUUCCAUCAUGCAGCUAGACUCAUCUCUUAAGGGCCACCCUUCAUCCACAUCCCUUCAAGGUUCAGAUCAGGCUUCGAGUUCAAAUAAAGUGCCAGUUCCAGGUAUGGCAAAUAAUCCUAAACGGCAAAUGUCUGCAGGUUCAUCUUCACAUGCCAUGGCACAGUGGGUUGGUCAGAGACCUCAUAAAAGCUCGCGAACAAGGAGAGCAAAUAUAAUCACUCCUGUAUCUAAUAAUGGUGAAGCUCAAACCUCAUCGCCAGGUUUUGUGCCUUCUGAUUUUAGUGGUAGGAUGUCUUCCAUUGCAACAAACGGAUCGUUAGUUCCCAGCGGCCUGGAUAAUAGUACUCCAAAGGUUAAAAGGGAAGUAGAAAAUGUUCCUUCUCCUUUUGGUUUCUCUGAAAGUGAAGAAUCAGGGGCUGGAGAAAGUAAGGUCAAAGAUAAAGGAAGAGAUAGUUGUGAGACUACUCCAACUGCUUUACUGAAACCUGGUUCUUUUGUGAUUCCAUCUAAGAAGAACAAGUUGCCCACGAAUGAAGUUGGAGAAGGGUUUCGGAGGCAGGGGCGGACAGGAAGGAGUCCGUCUUUAACAAGACCAGGUGUUAAUUCGGGAAGGGAGAAGUUAGAGAACCAACCGACAAUGAAACCAAUUCCAAUCGUGAAGCCUCCUGAUAAGAAUAAAAGCAAAUCUGGUCGGCCUCCUUCCAAAAAGUUGAAAGAUCGAAAAGCUGUUGCUCGUAUCGGGCCAGUGUUGAACGGAAAUUCUUCAGAUUACACAGGCGAAUCUGAUGACGAUCAUGAGGAGUUAUUUGCAGCCGCAAGUUCUGCGCGGAAUGCUUCCAGCCUUGCUUGCUCUGGUUCGUAUUGGAAAAAAAUGGAACCUAUUUUUGCAUCCGUCAGUUCGGGGGACACAUCAUAUUUAAAUGAACAGCUGAGUUUUGCGGAGGAGCUAGAUGAGAGUUUGUCUCAGAUGCUUGGUGUCGAGUACAAUGUUCUGGGUGUUCUGAUGCACAAGGACUCUCCUAACUGUUCUGGUGAAAAGCUAGUGAAUGGCCCUAAUAAAAAAUCAGCCAACUCAACUUCAUUGCGUGGAAAAGUUGAUAUGGAAAGACUGGAAAAGGGGGCUCCGCUGUACCAAAGAGUUCUUUCAGCUCUGAUUGAAGAAGAUGAAUGUGAAGAAUUUUAUGAGCAUGGUGAAGGCAAAAAUGCCCCUCAUUAUGCAAGUGAUGAUUCUCAUUGUGGUUCAUGUAACCUGAUUGAUAUUGAACCCAGAGAUAGGGAUAGGACAGAGUCUGAAGUUGAAUCAGUGAACUUCCAGAACCAGAGGAGUUAUGUUGUGAAUGGAUUUUCUUGCAAUAAAAGUGCUGCAUCCAACAGUAUCAGGAAUUCAACCAUGUCCAGCCCUUUGUACAGUAAUGGACAAUGGAGAAGUGAUGAUGAGGUUUCGCAUUCUGAUCUUGCACAUGGCAGCGAAAUAUCUUCAUGUGACAUGGGGUUGCUGCAGACAAGGGAAUUGACCACACCUGGAUUUUCUUCAGCUGAUCACCAAUAUCAGCUAAUGUGUCUAGAUGAUAAGCUGCUGUUGGAGCUACAGAGCAUUGGUAUAUGUCCAGAGAAACUGCCUGAUCUGGCGGAGGGGGAAGAGGUCAUUAGUCAAGACAUAGCAGAACUUAAGGAAGGACUGUAUGAGCAGAUUGGGCAAAAAAGAAGGAAGCUAGAGAAAAUUGAUAGAGCUACCCUGAGAGACAAAGAUGUUGGAAAACGGAGAGUUGAGAAAAAUGCUAUGGACCAACUUGUUGAGAUUGCUUACAGGAAAAGACUGGCUUGCCGUGGAAAUACAACAUCAAAAGCAGCAGUACGCAAGGUUCCUAGACAAGUUGCCUUGGGCUUUAUUAGGCGUACACUUGGUAGAUGUAAAAAAUUCGAAGAUGGAGGUAUCAGCUGCUUCAGCGAACCAGCAUUGCAGGACGCUCUCUUCUCGACACCCCCGUGCAAUAAUGAAGCCAAGUCUGCUGAUUGUGUUGGCUCAGGAACUGCCAGCAACACGCCGAAUGAUGUUUCUAACCAUCAAACUGAGGCCAGAUUAUCAGGUGGUGUUGCGUCUAGUCCAUUAGAGAGAAACGAUUCCCUCUGCGAUAGCUUCGAAAGAGGAGGGAGUCGCAGGGCAAAAGCCAAGCCUACCAAGCAGAAAAGCGCGGCUGCUGCUGCUGCGACAGCGGCUGCUGCUGCUGCGACAGCGGCUGCUGCUGCUGCGACAGCAGCAGCGAAUGGGCCUUGUCGAUCCAGUCAUCCGACAGGAGCACCCAAUGGUCGCAGCAAGCCAGAGAGGGAAGUCAAACCUAAAGAAGCAGAGGAGGAAGCCAUGGAUUUGCCACUGGAUGAAUUGGAUAAGCUUGGGGUGUCGGCCGAUGAUGGGAACCAAGAUCUCGGUUCGAUAUUCAACUUGCUCGAUGACGAUGGGUUGCAGGAUCAUUACUCGAUUGGUCUCGAGAUACCCAUGGACGACCUCUCUGAACUGAACCUGAUGUAG